AUGUUAUCAGAAAUGAAUAUAUUUUACUUUGUAUUUGUUUCGUUGUUUAGUUAUAUUUUUGGAGCUCCUCAACAACCAGAAAUAAAUGACCAAUAUGAAAACACAACUCAAACUAAUAUUAUUGAAAAUAAUAACAGAACACAAAAUAAUAAUACUGCAGAUAAAGUAAACAUCAAUGAUAUAAAAACUAUAGAAAUGAAGAAUAAUGAACUAGAACGUCCUAAACAUUUCACUGCUAAACUGUAUACAAUAGUAACGUUUCCGAUAAUGAAAUUUAUUUCAACACCUAAAGUAAACAAUGUAUUGAGGAAUAUGGGAACUUGUAUAGUUAAUGGUGCAAUGGAGAUUUUAUCAUAUUAUUUCCCAACACCACUGAUGCCUCUUAUAGCAAGUGCUGCAGGUAUGGUAAUUCCUUUUGAGCCGGUAGUUAUGCUAAGAGAGAAGAUGCCAGUGACAAGUUACAGAAGAGCAUUUAAAUCUGCUUUGAAUGGUUUCAUGAAUACAUUUAACGAAUUCAAAGUUGACGAAGAAAACGAUGAUCCUUAUAUGACAAGAAGAUUUAAUAGACGGUUUAUGAACGAAGACAAAGAGAAGAAAGACCCUGAAGGCUAA